AUGGGCUCGCUCACCGGCCAGACGAGCUCGACUCCCGACAUGGCCCCUAGCCCGGCUGCCCUGCCGUCCCCCGAGGACGAUGAGGCAGACUAUCUUGACCAAGUCCUGCGACUGUCUACCCAAACCACCGAGGCCGCCAUCGACGAAGAACUAGUCGCGAAGGCCACGGCACUCGGCAUAUCUACUUCAGGACUUACGCCAGACAAUAUCGAUGCAGGCCCCGAGUCGCGAGCUUCAACGGUUGCGACCCAGCAUGUACGCACCUUUUCCACCGCCUCGCGCGAUUCUGCGAGCACCACCUUGACCUCCCAUCCCUCUCUCAACCCGACUCCAAUCACCGCUGCCACCGACGUGCCGCCAAACUCGCUGGCAAGGAAGAGAUCCAAGAGCCUCACUUUCUCGCACUACGACAAGUACCUGUCACAGUUGGACCCUAACAUCCACCAACCCAAGAUCCAGAAGGCGCCGCCUCCAGCCGCCCUUGAUCCAUCUACGCACAGCCUAUUCAGCGUGUCCACGAGGAGGAGCUACUUCAGUAUAAAAGAGGGCAUUAGGAAGAUUCGAUGGAAGAGGCGGUCCGCCCUCAUGGAGUCUACAAUUUCUUGUAUAUGCUGUCGCAACGAAUUCAACAAGCCGAGUGAUCUGCACAGCUUGCCCUGCGGCCACACAUACUGCGCCGACUGCCUCAGCAUCAUGAUCCAGCAAGCGACGACAGACGAGUCCAAGAUGCCGCCGCGAUGCUGCACCCAACCCAUUCCGGGGUCCAUCAUCCAGAAGAUACUCACCCGAGAGGAGCAGCAUGCGUUUUUGAAGGCGGUGUUACAAUUCAGCACUCCCUGGGAAGCUAGAGUCUUCUGCCCAAACACAGCAUGCGGUGAAUUCAUUCCUCCCCGAAACCGAAUCGAUCCCAAACACCCCUUCGAUGUCGUCUGCCGAAAGUGCCGAACCAGAGUUUGCAUAAUGUGCAAACGGAACGCACACGCCAUCGGAAAGGACUGUCCGUCGGACUGGGAACUGGAAGCCGUGUUGAAGAUGGGUGAAAAGUCGGGCUGGAGAAGAUGUUACAAGUGCCGGUCAUUGGUCGAACUGAGCCAGGGCUGUACUCACAUGACGUGCAGGUGCAAGGCUCAAUUUUGCUACAUUUGCGGCGCCAUCUGGGACCCGUCGGUAGGCUGCCCCAACUUUUGCAACGGGGACGAGGAGCUAGAGCGGCGAAGGAUGGAGGAAGAGGCUAGGGAAGCCGAGCUGGAGGCAGAGAAGGCAGCCCAAGAAGCUGCUGCGGCUGCCGAAGCGGCAGAGAAAGUCGAGGCGGAAAAGCGCACACGAGGCAGCCCACAAUUCGCCAAAUUGGAUGAAUUGAUGGCGGAAGAGUUGGAACGAUUCCGUGUUUACAUGCGGAAAACGAAGUGGCACAUGUGGACUCGACAAGCGGAAAAGAAGCAAGCGAUCGUUGACAGGUACUCGGAUCUGAUCGAGAAGAUGAAGGAACGCCAUGCCAAAACGGCGGCUCAUCUUGAGGAACGACAAAUUGAGGCCGAGAUGGACCUGAGAUCAACGCUAGACCAGAGCGAGAAAAGCGUCAAGAUCCGUUUGAAGCACAUGGAGGCAUACUGCGAUGGACUCGGCCGAACCCAAAACUCGGACUUACCGCCGAGAGUUGUCACCGAGAGAGACUUGCGUUUGCUGGGACAACAGUACAACGUACGAGACGGCAUGGAGCGACUGCAUCAAGCGAAGAUUAAUGUCCUACGAGAUCGGCAGGCUAAGCGAAUGGAAGAGCUUCUGGAACGCCAGGAGCAGGAGCUUGAGAAGCUGACGGAUAAGAAAGAGCAGGAGAUAGAGAAUCUGGCAACGGAUUUUGCGCAAGAAGAAGAUACCCUGGUCAGAACUUUUAAUGACCGCAAGCAGAGAUUGCAACGGCGUUGGCUACUAGCGAUUGAGAUUCUCCGAAAAGAGCUCGAGGAGCAGACCAAAGACCAGUACGCGUCUUUGGAUUUGCCAGCUUGGCCCGACGACACGGAGACGCAGGACGAGAUUUUGGCAUCGCUCCCUGACUCCCCGGCGAGUGAGGAUUAA